AUGACAACACUCAACGACCCAACCAAUGCCGCCCGCGACACCCCCAACAUCCCCGCCACCGACGCAACCCUGCACAUCGGCAGCUCGAUCUUCAUCGCAGCACCUUCAACAAAAGUAUGGUCCGCCCUGACGGAUACCUCAACCUGGCCCAGCUGGAACUCAUUCGUUCCGCGCGUAACCAUCCGCUCGCAACCCGACACGCCCCUCCCCAACGAGAACGACAGCAAUCAUCAAACCUCGUCGCCCUCCCUCUCGCCGGUCCUUCGAAACGGCACCCGACUCACCUUUCACGUCCGCAUGGAUCCCACCUCCACAUCCACAAAACCGCAAGCCGCAUCAGAUGUCCAGCUCAUGGUCGUUGAUUACGAGGCACCUAAUCCCGAGACCGGCACUGUCGGGCGGAUUGUCUGGGCGGCGGACUUUGAUGCGCCGGGUGCUAUGGCGCCGUCACUAUUGACGGCGGAGCGUGUGCAUGAGGUUAGAGGUAUGGAGGCGCAGGUUGGGUGGCUGGUUUAUGUGGUGCGGUGGAUGUAUGGGACGAAGCUGCAGCAGAACUUUGAGCUGUGGGUGCAGGAUUUGAAGACGUUCGUUGAGGGGCAGGACUCUUCGAGUUGA